AUGGCUACCCCCAGUGUCCUUACUUUUGAUGCUGAGGGCCGUGCCAUUGACUUUGAGGGGUGUUCCCCCUCCCCCCUCUUGCCCUCUGUUGCUUCUGCUGCUGCGGGCGACCUCGUUGGUUUCGAGUCGGUCGGCGCGGCGUCUGCCCCUGGCGGGAGACGCCGCACCGGCAAGGGCAAGGGGGGCAAGGGCGCUAGAGGGGCUGGCGGGGGCGGUGGAGGUGGUGGUGGAGGCAGUGGAGGGGGUGGGGGUGGUGGUGGGAGUGGUGGCGGGGGUGGCGGCAGCAGCGGCAGCAGUGGAGGCGGAGGAGGCGGCGGUGGUGGCGGAGGGAGCGGAAGCGGCGGAGGUGGUGGAGGAGGCGGAGGUGGAGGAGGCGGCGGAGGUGGCGGCGGCAGCAGUGGACCUGGUCGCAGCUAUGCGCAGAGGAGUGGCUCCAGUGGUGGUACGCGCCAGCAGCAGCAGAGCAGUCGUGAGACCCUGUCCCCUCAGCAGCUUCGUGAGUGGUACGCUGCGUGUCAGCGCGGUGGGGGUACGGGUCCCUGCACCUACGUUCUCCGCACCGGCGACCGCGCUGGUGAGCAGUGCGGGGGCCCGCACUCCACCCAGCGCUGCUUUGGCCGCCUGACGGACGCGUGGCGUCACCAGUUCCCUGGGGCCUCUGAGAUCCCUCGCUGGGGAGAGCUGUCUAGGGCGGGGGUUGCUAUCUUUGAUCUUGAUUUUGAUGCUAUUCUUGCUGCCAUGUAUGCUGUUGAUGAUAGUGUUGCAGGUGACUGUUACCUGUGUGUACCGCCUGACCCGGGCAUUGAGGCUGCUGCUCUAGGUGCUCGUGCGUCUGCUGCUCCAGAUGCCAGUGCGUCUGCUGCCCCAGGUGCUGGUGAGUCUGCGCUCUCAGGUACUACGUCGGCUCAGGCCUUACACACCUUCACCCUUGACUCGGGUGCGUCUCGCUCCUUCUUUCGAGACCGCACCACUCUUACGCCGCUCAGUCGGCCAGUUGCAGUCUCCCUGGCGGACCCCUCUGGGGGUCCUGUCCUUGCUAGCUUCUCGACUGUCUUAGCGUGCCCGGCAGCCCCCUCUGGCACCCUGUCAGGUCUCUACCUCCCCUCGUUCUCUACGAACUUGGUGAGUGGAGCGGACCUACAGGAUAGGGGGGUUGACCAGUUCACUCCUGCGUGUCAGCGGGUGACCCACUGCACGUGUGCUCGGACAGGCCGACACUUGGCCACGUUCACCAGUCGUCCAGGGUCGAGCCUGUACACCCUUACUACUGAGUCUCCACCGGCUCCUGAGUCUGCCCAGGUAGCUGCGUCGAGUCAGGUGUUUUCUGCAGCGUCCAGGGCUGGUCCUAACAUAGGAUAA